AUGAUUGAAUUAUCUUCAGCUUCAUCAUCAUCAUCAUUUCCAUCAAUGGGAUUAGUUUCAUCGCCAUCUCGUUCAGUUUGUUCAACUACAAAUUCUUCAAAUAGUCCAAAUGUUGUUGUACAAACACGUUUACAUAAAUUUUCAUGUCCAGAAAUUGAAAAACUUAAACAAAAAUAUCGCAUACAACAUACAAGUUGUUUUACACAUUUACAAACACUUCUUAAUAAAAAUCGAGUAUCCAAAUGUCGUGAAUGUGGUUUAGAUGAACAAUGUCGUAUAUGUUUAGAAUGUUCAUUAUGUUUAUGUCGUCAUCAUGCUCAACAUCAUGCACGAUUAUGUUCUCAUCCACUUGCUAUUGAUAUAAAACGUCUUUUUGUUCAUUGUUAUAUAUGUGGUGAUGUUCAAUAUGAUUCAGUUUUUGAACGUGCAAGACGAAAAAUUAUUUUACUUCAACAAAAUCCAUCAAAUAUUUCAUCUUCAUCAUCAACGAUUGGUGGUAUUUGUGGACUUCUUAAUCUCGGUAAUACAUGUUUUAUGAAUAGUGUUUUACAAGCUUUUGUUCAUGCACCUGUUCUUCGUGAUUGUUUUCUUUCGGAAAAACAACAUCAUUGUGAAUCAAAUGAUACAAAUCAUAUAUUCAAUAAUUGUAUUAUGUGUCAAUUACGUCGAUUAUAUCAUCAUGUUCAUCAAGGCCAAACAACAAAUGAACCAUUUGUUCCAUCACAAUUAUUAUAUUUAAUAUGGACACAUGAAAAUCAUUUAGCCGGUUUUGAAGAACAAGAUGCACAAGAAUUACUUAUGGCAUUAUUUAAUAUAAUACAUUCACAAAAUUCAAAUGAUAAUACGAAUGAUGAAAAGUCAUGUUCAUGUAUUAUUGAUCGAUUUUUUAAAGGUGCUCUUCAAUCUGAAAUAACAUGUUCUCAAUGUGGAUCUGUUUCGACAAAAAAUGAUCUUGUUCGAGAUAUAUCUCUUCAACUACCAUUUUCAUCAUCAAACGAUGAAUCAUUUCCAUCAUCAUCGUUUUCUCUAGAAAAUUGUUUAUGGAGAUUUACACAUUCCGAAACAUUAAGUAAUUUUUACUGUGAUACAUGUCAAAUGUCAAUGACAGCAAAUAUAAAACUAACGAUAUCUCAAGCACCGAUUGUCGCUUGUUUUCAUCUUAAGCGGUUUCAAUAUGUAAAAAAAUCUCGAUCAAAAAUGCGUAAAAAAAUAUCUGCACAUAUAUCAUUUCCUGAUGAACUUGAUUUAACACCAUAUAUGACAAUAACAAAUUUAACUAAAGAAAAUAAUAAAUAUUAUUUAUUUGCUGUUAUUAGUCAUUUUGGUUCAUCGGUUGAAACAGGACAUUAUAUGUGUUAUGUUAAACUUCAAUUACAAAAUCGAUGGUUUCGAUGUGAUGAUCAUUUUGUAUGUGAAGUAUCUGCUGAAGAAGUAUUUAAAAGUGAAUGUUAUCUUCUAUUCUAUCAACGUAUCAUAAUUAAUGAAAAGUAUAGUUCAAUAUCAAAAGAUAUGUCUAUUAUUACAAAGAAGAAAUAUGUUGUAAAUGAAGCACUUCAACGUUAUCAAUUACCCGAUGAAAAACAUUAUAUUGUCAAGAUAGUUGCUCCACGUGGAAAUAAUUUACAUGAAGUAAUAACACCUAGUGGAUCGACAUUUCUUAUCAGUAUGCCAACGAAAUUUCGUCAAACAAUUUUUAUUAAACGAGGUGAUUAUGUACUCGUAGAAGAUAUUGAAGAAGGUGAUAAAGUUAAAGCAGAAAUUGUGCAAAUUUUAUUCAAAGAUAAUAUUAAAUAUAUUCGAUCACAGAAUUGUUGGCCUAAAGAAUUUCAAGAUGUUCAAGAAUCAGAAAAUAAUGAUGAUAAAUCAAUGGAUGAUAUGAUGCCACCAUCGGAAAGUUCAGAAGAAGAAGAAGAAGAAGAAGACGAAGUAGUGGGAGUAAACUCAAUUAGUUCAAUACCAGCAUGUAUCAUUAUUGAUACAGAUAUGAUUCAACGAUCUCAAGAUGAAAAAUCAUUAUCAAAUAAUCGUUCAUCAUUAUCAUUAUUUCUUCGAAAUUUACGUAUGUCUAAUGAUAAACGUUCAUCGGCAUUAUCUGAAUUUGCUGUUGAACCUGUACCACUUUCUUUUAUCGAUUUAAAAACAACAACAUUAUCACCAUUAAUGAAUAUUAAUCAUUCAUCAUUAAAAAAAUCUUUAACAGAUUCAAUUAUUGAACAAACAUUUUCUCCAUGUCAAAUUAAUUUACUUAAUGAAAUUGAAACACAAAUGGUUGUUCCAUUUGAAUUUCGUCGUUUACGUAUUGAACAACCUGAUCAUCGUAAAAAAUUUCUUGAUGAUGAUCCACGUAAAACUGUUCCUGAUCUAUCAACAGCUGUUUAUGAAAGACGUUCAGAUCCUGAAGGACUUCGUUUUUGUCGUACUUGUCGUGAUGGUUUUUGGACUCCAUUAACUGUAUGUGAAACUGUUCGAUGUGAUGCUGAAUUAUUACGAGCCAAUCCACGUUUAGUAACGGAAUGGGGUGAAAUAAAACCAUUAGAUGGUGGUGCACUUUAUGCACCUUCAUCUGUUUUUGCCAUAUAUGCAUUUGCUUUUGGACCACAUUGUAAACGAUGUGAAUCGAAUGGACAAUGGAGUCGUUAUGCAUUACCUGAACUUUGUUCUGAUAUUAAAUUUUUUGGUCCUCCAACAACAACAAUACCAAGCAAGAGUCAGACUUCAACAAAAUAUGCACAAUUAAAACACAGUAGUACAACAUUAUCAUUGAUACAAUUAGGAAGCAAAAAACAAUAA